AUGCAGCCCAAAUCUAACAAUCAACAAAAGCCCAAACCCAACGAUCAAGAAAGCCCAAACCCAACGAUCAAGAAAGCCCAAACCCAACGAUCAAGAAAGUCCAAACCCAACGAUCAAGAAAGCCCAAACCCAACGAUCAAGAAAGCCCAAACCCAACGAUCAACGAAACUUAGUAACAAAGCACCGUAUUUGACUAUCAACAAAAAUAAAGCUGACAAUAAAUUUAAUGAUUUAUUAGACCAUAUAAAGAUAGCAAAUAAUGAAGAAGCACCUCAGUUGAAUGAUGAUUUAGCGGCUGUUAGUCUUGAUGAUGAUUUAGCAGCUGUUAGUCUUGAUGAUGAUUUAGCGGCUGUUAGUCUUGAUGAUGAUUUAGCGGCUGUUAGUCUUGAUGAUGAUUUAGUGACUAUUAGUCUUGAUGAUGAAUUAGUAGUUGCUAGUCGCAUUGAGAAGACUUCUGA